GGCGGGUCAAUUGGGGCCGGGAAUUGACAGAAAUUGGUGUUCCUCGUUGAUUUUAGUUUCUUCAUCAUCCGUAUGUACGCAAAAUCCUUUCAUAAUUCCAACAGAUCAUCGGCAAUACAAGACAAAAGCUUUUUCAGGUAUUCUUACAGAAUGUUCCGUCGGUAGUUUCCGUCUUCAUUCCCAUUCCCAUUCCAAUUCCGAUUCCAAUUCACAGCUUCCGGUGGCGGCCUCCAAUUUAGACUUUAUUAGAUUAGGGCUUCUCUUCUUUUGUCUUGUCUUCUUAUGAUUUUCAGGAAACUUCUCUCCCCUUCAAAUCCCUAGAUCCUCCUUUUCCACCUUUACUCAUCAUUACCUACUCUCCCUGAAGAACAAGUGAUUAGUAACUUGUUUACUGAAUCGAGUGCGACAGAAAAAGAUUUUGCAUCAAUCGGGAAUGAUGGAUCCGGAGCUAAUGAGACUGGCUCAGGAACAGAUGAGUCGCAUGUCCCCCGCGGACUUCGCCAAAAUCCAACAACAGGUGAUGGCCAAUCCGGAGUUAAUGAAGAUGGCCUCAGAAAGCAUGAAGAACAUGCGUCCGGAUGACUUCAGAUAUGCUGCAGAGCAGUUGAAGAACACACGUCCUGAGGAUAUGGCUAAAAUUGGCGAGAAGAUGGCCAAUGUAUCACCUGAAGAGAUUGCAACUAUGCGUAGCCGGGUUGACGCACAGGCCAACUAUGAAUUGAAUGCAGCCGAAAUGCUGAAGACACAGGGGAACAAGCUUCACAAUCAAGGAAGGUUCAGUGAUGCCUUGGAAAAAUAUUUGCUUGCUAAGAAUAACCUCAAGGGGAUUUCAUCCUCCAAAGGACGAACACUUUUGUUGGCUUGCUCACUCAAUUUGAUGUCAUGUUACUUGAAAACAAAGCAGUAUCACGACUGCAUAAGGGAGGGUUCUGAGGUUUUGGCAUAUGAUUCAAGAAAUGUGAAAGCACUUUACCGGAGAGGUCAAGCAUAUAAAGCAUUAUGUCAAUUUCAAGAUGCUGUUUCUGAUUUGAGCAAGGCACAUGAAAUUUCUCCUGAUGAUGAAACUAUUGCAGAUGUUUUAUCGGAUGCCAAGAAAUUGAAUGAACAAGAUGGGGGGAAUGUACCCAAAGGAAUUGUUAUUGAAGAAAUAGUUGAAGAAGACAACCCUACAACUACAAACGUUUCUGCUUCAAGACCACAAGAAGUUGUAGACAAUUCUAAGACUGCCGAUGCUUACAAGAAGAAUAUAAACUCCGAGAGUUUGCAGGGAUUGAAAGAUGAUCCAGAAGCUAUCAGAUCAUUUCAGAGAUUUGUUUCAAAUGCUGAUCCCGAUACUCUAGCUGCUAUGAGCUUUGGAAAAUCUGGAGAGAUAUCUCCAGACAUGGUUGCCUCUGCCUCAAAUAUGAUCAGCAAGAUGUCUCCAGAUGAGCUUCAACAGAUGCUUAAAUUGGCUUCUUCUUUCCAAGAGGCGAAUCCCCUUAAGGGAGACAGUUUUGGCCCAAAUUUGGAUAGCGCAAACAUGACUCCUGAGAUGCUCAGUUCAGCCAAUCGUAUAAUGAGUAAUAUGCCACCUGAAGACCUACAAAGGAUGUUUGAAACUACAUCAUCUUUGAAAAGGAAUGACUCUGCUUCUGGGAAUGGCAAUGUACCAGAUUCCGAUACCCAAUCAAAAUCUUUUGAGAGUCAACAAUCCAGUACCAGCAGAAGUAGAACCGUGAGCAACACUAGUUCUUAUGAUGCGUUUCCAAACUUACGAAGUAGUUCUUCCAACUCAACCAUUCCAACCUCUUCUGCUGAUAUGCAAGAACAAGUGAGAAAUCAAAUGAAAAAUCCAGCCAUGCAGCAGAUGUUCACAUCAAUGAUUAAGAAUAUGAGUCCAGAGAUGAUGGCAAAUAUGAGUGAACAAUUUGGUCUGAAGCUUUCUCCCGAGGAUGCAGCAAAAGCUCAGGAAGCUAUAUCAUCUUUCUCACCAGAGGAUUUAGAUAAAAUGAUGCGUUGGGCAGAUAAAAUUCAAAGAGGCGUAGAAGGUGGAAAGAAGGCAAAGAAUUGGUUACUUGGACGUCCUGGUAUGAUCUUAGCAAUAUGCAUGCUGAUAUUGGCAGUAAUUCUUCAUCGGUUUGGAAUAAUAGGUGGUUGA